AUGAAUAAAAAACAGAACGAAGAUAGACUUACAAAGAUCUCCAAGAGUUUAUCCUAUCUCUUAAGACAUGGAGCUGUUAAAGAGAAAUUGCCUAUUGAUGAAAAUGGUUUCAUAGAAUUGAACAAAGUUCUAAAUCAUCAAAGAUUGAAAUCUUACAAGACAACAAUUCAAGAUAUUCAAACAGUGGUUGAAACCAAUAAUAAGAAAAGAUUUAGUUUGAGAACUUUAGGAGAAACCACAUUCAUUUGUGCUAAUCAAGGACAUUCAAUAGAAAUCUCCAAUAAUAAUCUAGUAAAAUUACAACCCAAUGAAAUACCUAAAAUAUUCCAUGGUACUUAUAAAAACAAAUUACCAGAAAUCUUAAACACUGGACUCAAUAAAAUGUCUAGAAAUCAUAUACAUUUGACGGAUAAUUUCGAAUAUAUCCGAAAGUCAUGCAAUGCCCUUAUUUUCAUUGAUGUGGAAAAAUGUUUGGCCGAUGAUAUUAUUUUUUAUAAAAGUGAAAAUAAUGUCUACUUAACUGAAGGAGUAAAUGGGAUUUUGGAGAAGAAAUACUUUGUUAACAUAACAGAUCGAGACUUAAAUCCAAUUCAAAUAUAG